AUAUGGAGUGAGAGUGGCGGCUGUGACUCUAAAACUUGGAAGAAGGAAUCCUGUUUUUGGCUCUUCAAUGGUUGAAGACAAUGAAUUGGCAACGACUUUGUCAUGCAUUGGAGUCUACAAUUCUCCUGCAAAAAGCAGAAUUAGGGGCGUCGGGGCCAUGACAAACCUUUGUGGACAAGAGUACUAGUUACUUCUAAACGUACAACCAAUAGAUAUGCUCACAAAUCAGGUUAUAUGAUAUGCAACUAGAACAUCCGUGGUGGUGGGAAGAAGAAAAGAGUGAGUUGGUGGAGCAUUUGGGACGCUGGUCCCCAGGACGGCCACAGUUGGUGAAAAAUGCAGUGGAGUAGACAUUGGCAGAUUGUUUGCCACAUCCCAUAUGUAUCUCAAUAGAAGAAAAAUUAAUUCUGGUGAUAAAUCCAUGAUCAAGAAACGUUACAUGUACCUGAGCGAGGAAAUCCUCAAGGAAAACCCAAACUUGUGUGCUUACUGGGCCGCAUCUUUCGACGCUCGCCAAGACAUUGUAGUUGUGGAAGUGCCCAAGCUGGGCAAAGAGGCCGCCACCAAGGCCAUCAAAGAAUGGGGCCAACCCAAAUCCAACAUCACCCACCUCAUCUUCUGCACUACCUCUGGCGUGGACAUGCCAGGCGCUGACUACCAACUCACCAAGCUUCUCGGCCUCAGGCCAUCCGUCAAGCGCUUCAUGCUGUAUCAACAGGGAUGUUUUGCAGGCGGCACUGUGCUUCGUCUCGCCAAGGAUUUGGCGGAGAACAACAAGGGCGCACGCGUUCUUGUAGUCUGUUCCGAGAUCACUGCCGUUACUUUUCGUGGGCCCUCCGAAACCCACUUGGACUCACUGGUUGGCCAAGCACUUUUCGCAGAUGGUGCUGCAGCCAUCAUCGUGGGUGCAGAUCCUGACACCAGCAUCGAACGUCCACUGUACCAACUAGUUUCUGCAGGUCAGACGAUCCUGCCCGACUCAGACGGUGCCAUCGACGGACACUUGAGAGAAGUUGGACUCACAUUCCACUUGUUGAAGGACGUACCGGGAUUGAUCUCGAAAAACAUUGAGAAGAGCCUGGUGGAAGCGUUUUCUCCCAUAGGAAUCAGCGAUUGGAACUCCAUAUUCUGGAUUGCUCACCCUGGGGGACCCGCAAUAUUGGACCAGGUGGAAGCAAAACUGGGACUGAAGGGAGACAAGCUUGGAGCAACACGGCAGGUGCUGAGUGAGUACGGGAACAUGUCCAGUGCAUGUGUGUUGUUUAUUCUGGAUGAGAUGAGGAAGAAGUCGUUGGAGGAAGGGAAAGGCACGACGGGUGAAGGGCUGGAAUGGGGAGUUCUAUUUGGGUUCGGACCAGGUCUGACGGUCGAAACUGUGGUGUUGCACAGCGUAGCGGUGGAGACAGCUAAUUGAAAUUUCAAAGUUGAAAAACGUGCGUGCGUGAAUCAUGAAAAUGUGACAGAUCCAUUGCUACUAAUACUACUAGUAUAUUAUACGGUAUAUAUAUAAUUAAUUAAUUAAGGAAGCGUGCAACUGUGAAAUGAUGAUUUGAAUAUAUUUGUAAUAUUAAUUCCUUACCAUUGUUACCAAGGAAAUUUGGUUGCAAUAUGCCAAUGAUAUAUAUAUAUAUAUAGUCCCAUAUGGUAUUGAGAAAUGCAU